GUAGGGCCUUUUCUAGGUAUACAUAACACAUACACCCUCCAUUCGAUCGGCAAAAUUUAUCUUUCGGCAACAUACUAAAAACUGUUGUAAAUUAUCGUAUCUGUAUCGUGUUCUUCUGUUGGGUUAUUGGUCCCAAGUGUGUAGACGACUGCCCGUUUUCCGGUUUUCCUCCAAACCGUAAUAAGACCGCAGAAAAGUCCAACGAAGCAACUCAACAAAAAUUCAAAAAAUAAUACCGAGAAUAAUUAUCAACUAUCAAAUACAUCUGUCCAAUAGUCAAAUUAGCAAGCGCUGUCCUGUAACCAGCAUACCACGCCCUUGGGUAUAUCUAUAGUGGCAGAGGACGAGCAAUGGAGGAUUUACAUUUAAAACUCGGCGACCUGUCCCAGGAAGUGUUGGCUGCACGGCACAGCAUGAUUAUGGGCCAAAAAUUGGCUGGAUCACUUGGUGAGACACAGCAUCACCUGCAGCAUGAACACCACCUGAAUCACCAACUGAACCAGCUCAAUCAGUUGAGCCACUUGAAUCAGUACCAUCAUUUAAGCCAAUUGAAUCAAUUGAGUAAGCUACACCAGCAUUUACAACAUAAGAUCUCAUCGGAGAUGAACCUAAAUUUGGACCUGGACCAUGAGAUAGAGACGGAGAUGGAGAUGGAGAUGGGCCUUGAUGGCCUUGAUGUUGAUCUGGAUCUGAAUCUGAAUAUGAAGCUGGGAGUUAAUCUGGACAUGAAUCCGGAGGGAAGUAUUACCAAUAGUACCAGCAGUACCAGCAGUACCAGCAGUGCUAGCAGGACCAGCAGGACCAACAGUACCAGCAGCACCAACACGUGCAGCGAUCAGGGGCAAGGACAUGGAUUUGGGAUUGGACUUGGUGACCCAAAGCGGGACCAAAGCCAAGUCCACUACGCCCAUGACCCUGCCCAGGAUAAUGGCGAUUCACCGAAUGUCACGAGUUGUACUGGAAUGUGCAGCCAUCAAACAGAGAGCAAUAUGAUUGGGGGGGAUUCCCUAACGGUUACUAAGUCUUCAUCGCCGGAGACGGGCAAGGGGGAGAAGGAUCAGGAGGAGCUUAAAGAGGAGGAGGAGGAGGACGUUAAAGAGGUUACGGAGGAUAAGAAGCAUAACGAGGACGUUUUGAUUAAGGCGGCCAACUCCAAGCUAAAUGGCAAUGCCACUGUUUACACGAUGCCAGGCAAAGUAGAACCCCUUCCUGACGGACGACACUUGCCCCAACCGAGUCCCAGUGCAACCUCGCAGGCCACUGGCGACUAUCGCCUCAAUGCUCAGGCCGCUGUAUUCGAGCCAUCUUUUCUGUGCAUUAGCUCGUUGGCUUCGCCGGUGGUUUUUCAACAACCACGUCCAAUUGUGGUAGGGUCACCCCCACCGGAGGUAUCGCAACACCAGAUGUCGGCCAUUUCACAGCCUCUACUGCCGACACCGCAUCUGAUGAGCCACGAGAUGUCAGCGCAUGGUUUUCAUUCAAUUCAAAGAUCGGGCAAUAAGCCAAGUGGCCGCUGGCGCAAACAACCGCUUCCGGACUUGUUUAGCGCCGUCAUGUCACUGGUGACGGAACUGAAGCGAUCGGUAAGCUAUCCGGAGAUCAUAGGCUGCCUAUCCAAGAGACUCCAUCGAGAGCAGGUGGAACUGAAGCGCCAUGUACCGCACACACUGCACGCCGCCGUUAACAAUGGCUACUUAAAGAAGGAGGGCAAUCGCUAUUCCCUGCUCCCCGAAGUGGAACAGGCCGAGAUCAUGCGGCGCAACAUCGCGGCUGCCAUUCGGGCCAAGGAGCUGGAGAAGGAGCCGUUGUCCUGGCGCAGGCGUUAAUGUUCGCAAAACCAAUCUUUAACUACGUUCACAACCUGGCAUCUACACGACGCUUUCCGCAUCCUGCAUCUUCAUCAUCACAUUUCGUAUCCUUCUGCUUCAUACAUUUUAUAAUUAAGCUUGCACAGCACUCGAGGCUGUGAGCAUGUAGUCCUGUGCGUUGCACAACCCAGAGCCCCGAGUCCUGUGCUGCCGACGAGCCCUGCAAUUUGGUUUUACUGUACGUGACCUGUGUCUGCGAAAAAGCGGUCCGUGUGAUCCUCGAUGCGUGGCCUGUGCGUAAAGGCACGGAAUCUUCGAUCCGCGAUCGACGACCGGAAGAAGUCACGAUGACAAAAGUUUAUAUUGUAUACAAGAUCUACGCAGUUAUACAUCAACAAUUCAUAUUUAAUUUCCCCUAAUCAUUUUGUAUUUGAUUGGUCUGCUACUGCUCAUUGAAAUUCUGCUAUGCAUAUGCA